AUGAAAAAUAGCCUCCUAAAAAGUGGUAUCAAGCAGAAAAGCGCUCCAACACCUUCCGCUUCUAUUCGCAAUUCGCAAAUCACUUCGCAAACUAAUCAUUCCGCAAGUGAAGAUUCUGUUUUCCAGAAUGUGCAACAAUUUGCUAGAGCAAGAGAGCAGCGAAACAGGCAACCGCAAACUACGCAAGAAAUAAAUAUAUUUUUCAUUAUAUCAUUGACCUGUUUUGGAAUACAGAUAAUUGCUGCAUUUAUCUGCAUUGGCUUUUCUAUAUAUCAGGUUGCCAAUAAUGCUCAGAUUGAAUCUGGUAUUGCUUUUCUUCUCUUAGCAUUAAUACCAAUGAUCGGUGCUAUUGGUGGUAUAUUUUCUGCCUUGACGAAAAAUCAAACCCUUGCAAUGUGCACAUCGGCUUAUAAUGCGGUAUCAAUUGUUGGAGUAAUUACGGCAGUGAUCAACGUGUAUUCAUUCGAAAUCAAUCAGCCAUUUUCUCUCAGUGGUUUCAUUCAGGUGGCGGGUUUUGUCGCGAUUGUUCAGACAGUUUCAUUCGGAAUAGUUCUGAUUCUCUAUUUCAAGCUAUCGUCUUCUGCUACAACUAUAAUUUAUCCAGAACGUUCUGUUUUUUAUCAAGCAAAUGCAGAAGUGCAACGAAGUGGUAGACGAUUACAUGGCAGUGAUGCAACGAAGUGGUAG